AAAGUUAAAUAAAAAUUUAAUUUUUCAUAUAUCUGAAACAUUUCACUAUCCAUAAAAAUUUUUCUCUGCAGUUGAAUAAUUUUUGUAUUUGAAUAAUAUUUUCCUUCAAUUUAAUUUAAUUUGUUCUUUUUAAAUUUGUUUUUGCUCUAUUUUGCCAAUAUUUACCAAUCGGAGAGAGAGUUUUCUUCGCAUGAAAAAGAAGAAUCUUUUUUAACUAAUAAAAUUUUUGAUUGUAUAAACAGGUAGCGCAAGUCUUUCCUCCUCUUCGCAAAAGGUUCAGUUUCAGUGCAACUCUCGUCGCGAUUGUAGACCUCUCAUCGUUUUUAGUAAGACCUCAGUCCACGUGUAUUUUUUUUCUCAACAUUUGCAAUAAUUUAAACAAAAACAAAGUUGCUACAAAUACACCAGGAAAUUAUCGAACAUAACGUACAGGAUGUGGUUUGAAAUUCUAUCUGAAUGUGAAAAAACACUUAAAUCACAUGGAAUUCCCAUGAGGAAGAAUUAAGUCGCACUGCAAAUUGAAUUUUGGUUUUAAAUAAAUAUCACAGCUGUUUAUAUUUUUACUAAUUUUUAAAAGAAAACAAUAGGAACAAUCAAAAUGAAGGCCAGCGACGAAAAGAAACCAUUAAUACCAUCAACAUCAACUUCAAUUGGCCACGAAAGAGUUUCCUAUCAUUCAGUUAUAUUCGAUGCUCACCUCGGGAUAACGUCUCAAACUCGAACACCUGAGGCCUCAUUGCAAAUGGAACCGAUGCAAGGCUCAACAUCGGAAAAAAUUAAUCCAAAUGAUGCAUCCGAUAAAAUCACUUAUACCUGGAGUGAUGUAAAUGUUUUUGCCGCAACGGAAAGUGAGCGUUUUUGGAAGAGGAUGCUGUGGAGGAAUUCCAGACGACCUGUUCAACAGAAACAUCUUCUUAAAGAUGUGUGUGGAGCAGCAUAUCCUGGAGAAUUAUUAAUAAUCAUGGGAUCGUCGGGAGCUGGAAAGACGACGCUUUUAAAUGCCCUGACAUUCCGAUCAGGACGCGGUGUCACCGUCUCUGGAACCAUGGCAGCCAAUGGACACAGAGUUGCUGCCAGUGUCCUGACAUCGAGGAUGGCUUACGUCCAACAGGAUGAUCUCUUCGUUGGCACUCUCACCGUUCAGGAGCAUUUACUUUUUCAAGCCAUGGUGCGAAUGGACAGACAUAUUCCCUUCAGACAAAGAGUCAAUAGGGUUGACGAAGUAAUUUCCGAGUUGGCAUUGACAAAAUGUAGAAACACAGUGAUUGGAAUACCUGGAAGAUUGAAAGGCCUCUCGGGUGGAGAAAUGAAGCGACUUUCAUUUGCUUCUGAAGUUUUAACAGAUCCUCCGCUGAUGUUUUGUGACGAGCCAACGUCAGGUCUUGACUCCUUCAUGGCACAUCAAGUUGUUUCCGUUCUAAAAGCUCUGGCUGCUCGAGGGAAAACAAUUAUCGCAACUCUCCAUCAACCAUCAUCCGAAUUGUUUGCACUCUUUGAUCGAAUUCUUCUAAUGGCAGAGGGACGAGUCGCUUUCAUGGGAACUGCAGAUCAAGCUAUUGUAUUUUUCAAGGCUUUAGGAACGGGAUGUCCGAGUAAUUAUAAUCCAGCGGAUUACUUUGUACAAAAGUUGGCAAUUGUUCCUGGUCAAGAAGUCACGUGUCGUCAGUCGAUAAAUUCAAUUUGCGACAGUUUUCAAAAAAGUGAUUUAGGAACAAAAAUUGCCCUUGAGGCGGAAACAGCUCACGGCGAAUAUGAAGAUUUAAUGGAAUGGAAAAUUGGCUCGUCGAAAAUAUCGUCACCAUACAAAGCCACGUGGUGCGAGCAAUUUCGUGCCGUUCUCUGGAGAUCGUGGCUCUCCGUCAUCAAGGAACCAAUUCUCAUCAAAGUUCGACUCCUUCAAACAGUGAUGGUCUCGCUCUUGAUUGGUGUAAUUUUUUUUGGUCAACGUUUGGAUCAAGAUGGAGUGAUGAAUAUUAAUGGAGCGAUUUUUAUCUUCCUUACAAAUAUGACUUUUCAAAAUGUAUUUGCAGUCAUUAGUGUAUUUUGUGCAGAGUUACCGAUAUUUUUGCGAGAACAUCGCAAUGGAAUGUACAGAACAGAUAUUUAUUUUCUUUGCAAAACGUUAGCGGAGUGGCCAAUUUUUAUCGCAGUACCUUUAAUUUUCACGUUCAUCGCAUAUCCAAUGAUUCAACUUUAUCCUGGAAUUGAUCAUUUUUUUAUUGCCGCCGGAAUCGUGACCCUUGUGGCGAACGUUGCCACUUCUUUUGGAUAUCUAAUUUCCUGCGCAAGUACAAGUAUUUCUAUGGCACUGUCAAUAGGACCACCGGUUAUAAUUCCAUUUUUACUUUUUGGAGGUUUCUUUUUAAACACGGCUUCUGUUCCAGAGUAUUUUAAAUGGUUUUCAUAUUUAUCAUGGUUUCGUUAUGGUAAUGAGGCUUUGCUAAUUAAUCAAUGGAAAGACGUCGAGUCUAUUGCCUGCACUCGGAGCAAUGCAACAUGUCCAAAGUCAGGACACAUGAUUCUCCAAACGUACAAUUUUAAGGAAGAGGAGUUCUUAAUGGUGAUCAUCAAUUUGAUUGCACUUAUUAUUGUUUUUCGAUUUAUUGCCUUUUUGGCACUUCUUUCAAAAACUUAUCGCUCAACGAAAAAUAAAUUUCUUAAUGAAACAUCGAAUCGACAAAUUCUUCAAAGAUUUAUUGUGAUGUACCAAAAAACCGUGGGCGAAUCUGGUGUACGAGGUGUGACUCUAUCUUGGCAAAAUCUCAGCGUUUUUGCGUUGGAUUGUAAUCGAACGAUUUGCAAACGAUUAAUUAAUAAUGUGCGAGGUGCAAUUAAAUCUGGUGAGCUCACGGCAAUUUUGGGUGGAAGUGGAGCGGGCAAAAGUUCCUUGAUGACAGCAUUAGCUUUUCGAACGCCUCCGGGAGUCAUCGCCAAUGGAGAAAUAAGAGCAAGCGGAAGAAGCGUUGAUUUAGCGUACAUGAGACGUUACAGUGGUUUUAUGCACCAAGAAGAUAUUUUUAUCGGUUCAAUGACAGUGUCCGAACAUCUUUGGUUUAUGGCAAGAAUGAAAUUGGAUAGAAAAAUAUCGUCUCGUGAAAUUAAUCAGCGAAUAAAAGGUCUUUUACGUGAAGUAGGAUUAAUUUCGAGAUGUAAUAUUCGAAUUGGAAGUGGUGGCGAUGACAAAGUUUUAUCAGGUGGAGAACGAAAGAGACUUGCAUUUGCAACCGAGCUUUUGACGGAUCCGAAAAUUUUAUUUCUGGACGAACCAACGACUGGUCUUGACGCACAUUCAGCUAGUUUUCUUGUAUCACAACUAACUUCAAUUGCUGGACGAGGACGAACAGUCCUUUGCACAAUUCAUCAACCAAGUUCGGCAAUUUUCGAUUUAUUUCAAAAAAUUAUUUUAAUCGCCGAUGGUAGGAUUGCCUUUGCCGGUAGCACCGAACAGGCUAUUGAAUUUUUUUCCAGUUUGGGCUACGAGUGUCCGGUUUCGUACAAUCCGGCAGAUUUUUUCGUGACAACUUUAGCAAUUGCCCCGAAAGACGAGGACAGUAGUCACAGAACGGCACAAAAAAUUUGCAAUGCAUUCCUCUCAAGCGAUGCCUGUAAGGAGAUUGACAUCACUGUUCAACUUGAAAUACACGUUGGGGGAACUUUUAACCAAAGAGCAGAAUCUGAGGAGAUCGACAACUUUGCACAACCAUAUUGUUGGUCGAGAAUGUUUUGGUUAACUCAUCGAGGAUUUAUGCAAGUACUACGAGAUCCGUCGAUUCAGCUUCUUCGAAUUUUACAAAAAGUGUGUUUGGCAACAUUGGCGGGUCUUUGCUUCGUGGGAGCAAUUAAAUUAGAUCAAUUGGGCAUUCAAGCUGUUCAGGGUGUGAUUUUUAUUAUGGUGGCUGAAAAUACCUUUUUUCCGAUGUACUCAACCCUAGCGUUAAUUCCCCAAGAAUUGCCACUUUUUCUCAGGGAAUAUCGAGCAGGAAUGUAUCCUGCUUAUGUUUAUUAUAUCGCACGAAUGAUAUCACUCAUUCCAGGAUUAAUUAUUGAGCCGAUAUUAUUUGUUGCGGUUGUUUACUGGUUAGCUGGCCUUCGACACACCAUGGAAGCUUUUGGUCUGACACUUCUAGUUUUAAUUUUCACUAUGAAUGUCUCAACUGCUUGUGGAUGUUUCUUUUCAGCCGCAUUUGAAAAUGUCCCAUUAGCAAUGGCCUAUCUUGUCCCUUUCGAUUAUCUUUUGAUGAUCACAAUGGGACCUUUCGCCAAACUUGAUUCACUGCCCAUUUAUGUUCAAUGGGUAAAAUAUCUUUCAUGGCUUUUGCAUUCAACAGAAGCUCUCUCAAUUGUUCAAUGGACAAACGUUGGAAAUAUUUCGUGUGAGGCAACAAAUCCCGAGCUGCCAUGUAUCACGAGCGGAUCGGCCGUACUUGAAAAUUACGAUUUCAAUGAAAAUAAUUUCUGGCAGGAUAUCAUUCUAAUGGCAAUAAUUUACACAAUUUUCCACAUUCUUGGAUAUCUUUUUCUAUGGAGGCGUUGUCGCAGCAAAUAAAGUAAAAAAAAACCUGAACGAAAACUCCUCCAACCAAAGACAAAGAAA